AUGAAUACUGGAGGCAGAUCGAAUCUAACAAUGAUCUCUAUGAAAAAUUAUAUUUUUAAAUUUUCUUUAUCCUUAUUAUUAUGUUUAUUAUUUUUUGAGAGAAAUUCUUUAUAUAUUAAUUCUCAAUUUGAAUGGAUCGAAUAUGAUAAAAUUGAUGAAAUAAUGGAACGUAUUAAUAAUGUAAAUAGUGGAAAUUGUUUUCAAAAACAACCAAGUGAACUUGUAUUACCCGAAGAAAGUGUCUUUCAAAAACCUUCUAUUGAAAUGUUAAAAAAAGAUAUCAUUAUGAGAAAUCGAACACAGUUGUUGCAUGUUAGAAAUAUAGCUCAUCGUAAUGCUUUAUUAUACAGUUAUUUAUUUCAACGUUUAUUCGAUUUUGAAGAGCCUGGUCUAACAUAUAUAUUGUUACAUAAUGUAGCUGAUGUCACGGGUGGUUUAAGUUUAAUUAAUGGUAGUGGAAUAUUUUUUGAUCAAGAUAAAUAUUAUCCACAUUGGUACAAAAAUUAUUUUAACAAAACGAUACCCUAUUUUGGUCCUUAUGCGUGGCGUGCGGAUGACUUUUAUGAUGCAUUCAACUGGAAAAACGAAUGGACAAAUCAGACAAUACAAGAAGAAGAUAUUGGAGCGGGUAGAAAUCGGCAAUAUACCAGUCGAUAUAAUCGAGGAAAUGAAUGGUAUAGUAAAUGGUUACCGGAUCAAACAAGAAAUGAUCAAGGGAGAGGUAAACCUGUUCACACUGUUCAACUUUACUUGGCAGAACGGAUGUAUAAAUUGCGUGAUAUGCCAGAAAAUAUUGAAUUUUAUGGUCCACCGCAUCCCGAAGAUCCACAAGGUCCAACGAUUUGGACUAAACCCUAUUUUGAUUGUGGUCGUUCGAAUAAAUGGAUAAUCAGUGCUGUAUCACCCAUCGUCGAUAUUUAUCCAAGACAUACGGAAUAUCGUCACUUACAAGCCAUGCGAAAUUUGGGUGUGGCCGUGACUGAUGUUGAUUUUAUCAUGUUAGAUAUUAAUCAAUGUGAACAAAAUUCAAUGGGAAAUACUCAGUCAAAUGAUCCACAAUCAAAAUCGCCAAAUAUGUUUGGUGGAACAGAUAAAUGUAAAGAAACAACACGUUGUGAACCAUUGUUUGGAUUUGGUUUUCGUCGUGGUGGCUAUCAAUGUUUAUGCAAGCCAGGAUAUCGAUAUCCUCCAUAUCAAGAUGGGCCGUUUAAAGGUUACGUAAUUGAAAAGGCAACACGAGAAGAGUAUGCAACUAAUUUUGAUUGUUUAAGAGUCGAUUUAUAUCAGCAGAUUCCAUUCAAUGUUUUUGAUUCAAAUGUUGAAAUUCGUGCGUCGAAUUCACGUCGACGUCGUUCGAUAAAUGAUGAAAAUGCGACUAAUAAACCUCAGUUAGCCACCGAUGAUGAUGAUAAUGAAGAUAUACGUAACAUAGUAGAUCCAACUACCGAGACACCGUCAUUUGCUUAUUUUAAUCAAACAAAGAUGCCUGCCAUCUCUGACUCAUUAUUUCACGUCAAUCCAUUAACAAUGUUAUCAUCUGUAUCCACGUAUUCAACUUCUGUGUUGAAAUCUUCUCUGGUACAAUUAGCUUACAUGUCUGGUCAAUUAGUCACAGGUUAUGAUGAUGAUAAUAAUGAUAAUCCAAAUUCGAAUAAAAACGAUAAUGUAAAAAAACGUCGUUCAAAACGCUAUGCUUAUGAGCGUACACCACGUGUUGCCGCUAUAUUUCAAUUAUAUGAUGCACUUCAACGUGAUCCAAAUUUGUGUGAAAAAAUGACUGAAGAUCAAUUAACAUUACCUGGUGAUGUGUUAUAUGAUAUCGAUGUACAAUUUGAAUCACAAGCUCGCUUGGCACUAACAUUGUCACAUUUCCUUUCAAGUUUUUAUCAAGUUGUUAAUCCAGAUGAAGAUUUUCCAUUGAGAAAAGCUGAACUGGAAUUGACGAGUGAACAAUUGAUUGGUGAAGUAUUAGCAGCUGCAGGAGCAGAUUACAAAUUACAAGGAGUUGGAAUAUUUUUUGAUGUAAGUUCGCGUGGAAAAUUUAGAAAUCAUCAUCUCCCAUAUUUUGGUCCGUAUGCUUAUCGAGCUGACAGUGAUGUUAGUCGAAAAUAUGUAGUCCUUGAUACUGCUGGUUUGCCUGAUGGAUAUGAAAAUGAAGUUUGGUUCAAAACGAUGAAAGCACGUUGGGCAACAAAUGCGGAUCGAUCUGAAUUACGAGAAUAUUGGCUCAAAUUACUUAUACGUAGUGAUUAUGUAGGAAAUGCAUUGGUUCAUCAUGAAUCUGGAUUUCCAUUAUACUCUUAUGCACCAGAACUAAAACAUGGUCAAUGGUUUCCACCAGUAUUUCAGUGUAAUAGAAAUAAUACAGUACCACGAAGUUGGAUAGUUACUUAUGCUGUACCAUUUUUUGGCCUUGAUGUUCUUGGUAUUAAUCUUGAGUUUAAAGGAGUUGUUCGAGUGGAUGCUUAUCUUGGUUAUUUGGAUAUUAAUCAAUGUCAAAUGCCACAUUAUGUACCUAAUGCAUUCAAAGGAAGUGAUCGCUGUGAUUAUCAAAGUACUGUGUGUGAACCAAUUAUGGGUCGUAAAUUUCUAUUGGGCAAAUAUAAAUGUCGUUGUCGACCAGGCUAUGAAUAUCCGUUUUUAGAUCAAAAUGAUUUUUUUAAUGGAGAUCAAAUGAAUAAAGAAUGGGAUAUCAUGAUUAACAAUAGUUCAAUGUGGAGCAGAUUUGAUCAAUUAAAAUGUCGUAUUGCUGUUGCCAGUUCAAUUUCAUCAACUAAUCUGAUUUUAUUGACUUUAACCAUAUUGUUUUCAUUAUUUAUUCGAAUGAAUUAA